ACAUCACCGUCCUCCCCCGCUGAGCGUUGCUAAGGACGCCACGUGCUGACUUCCGUAAACAUACAGGAUGAAAACAUCAUGAAUCAGUUUCAACAUCUCAUCAAUGAUUGCCUGAUUGAUACAAGACACGUAGAACAGGCGGCAGUAGUGGUGACAAAAACCGCCACUAUCACUGCAGCAACCACACGAUUUAACAUCUCUCCGCAACAAGCUCAAAUGUUUGUGGACGCUUUCAAACAUUUGAUGUCUACGAGAGGGCAUGGAUUCUUCUUUCAAGAGAGGUUAUACACUUGUGUCCGGGCUGACAAGAACUCAGUUUACUCUAAAUGUGGAGGGCAUGGCUUGCUACUGGUAAAGACAGCUCUGUACAUCAUUGUGGCCACAUACAACGAAAACAUGUACCCCAGUGUGUGCGUGGAGGCUGUGGAGAAACUGGCAGAGUAUCUGCGAGAGAAGGGAAGGUGAAGAUGAUAGUGUUCUAUGUUCUCCACUGUGACCCUCCAUCCUACUCAUCCUGUGCAAUGUGGGAGGGAUAAACGACAGUAUACCAACAGUUGAUACUGUUUUCUUUUUGUAAUAUUGUUGUACAGGGGUUCAUUGUGUUAUUAAGACAUACUUAGCUGUGGUUAUUUGUUAAAUUUCAGCAAAGAAAACAACUCACUAACUUUCAUAUUAAAAGUAAUUGAAUAAUCA